CGAAUUGGGAAGUUGGGCAGUUCGAUCAUCGAAAAUUCCUAGAAUUCUUAUGUGGGGAUUACUCCGCUCUAGAAGGGCCAAAACCGCUCAAGAAACAACGGCACAUUUGACAGCCGCGAAAUCGUGCCUCUCUCAUCGUCGUUGGUUUGGUGUCGCCAGUGCUGGAAAAAUGGCUCCCGUUCGCGAUCCCAGCACGCUCUCCAACUAUGGCGAAUGGCGGACCAAGCACACCACAGCCAACCUGACGCUCAACUUUGCAGACAAGUGCCUGCACGGGUCGGUGCUUCUCGAGCUCGAGUCGCUGACCGACAAGGCCAGCACCGAGAUCGUCCUCGACUCCAGCUACCUGGCCGUGUCGUCCGUCAAGCUCAACGCGGCGCCGUUGCCGUGGGAGGUCAAGCCGCGCACAAAGUAUCUUGGCUCGCCCGUCCACAUCGCCCUGGCUGAUGGCGCUGCCAAGGGAGACGUUGUCAAGCUGGAGAUCGAUGUAGCCACCACCAGUGAUUGCACCGCCCUGCAAUGGUUGACGCCUGCCCAGACUAGCAACAAGAAAGCCCCUUUCAUGUUCAGCCAGUGCCAGGCCAUCCACGCCCGCUCCCUGUUUCCCUGCCAGGACACGCCAGAUGUCAAGAGCACCUACGACUUCAACAUCACCAGCCCCUAUGUCGUCGUUGCCAGCGGCGUGCCCGUGGCAAAUGCGCCGCAAGAGAUAGAUGGCGGCAAGCUGUACAAGUUCCAGCAAAAGGUCCCCAUACCCUCUUACUUGUUUGCCCUUGCUUCCGGAGACAUCGCCACUGCCCCUAUUGGCAAGCAGUCGUCCGUCGCAACAGGCCCGAACGAGCUCAAGGCUUCGCAGUGGGAGCUGGAGCACGACAUGGACAAGUUCAUGGACGCUGCCGAGAAGAUUGUAUUCCCCUACAAGUGGGGCGAGUACAAUGUUCUUGUCUUGCCGCCGAGCUUCCCAUACGGAGGAAUGGAGAACCCCAUCUUCACGUUCGCGACGCCCACCAUCAUUAGCGGUGACCGGCAAAAUGUCGACGUCAUUGCUCAUGAGCUUGCCCACAGUUGGAGCGGCAACCUGGUCACAAGUUGCUCUUGGGAACACUUCUGGCUGAACGAGGGAUGGACCAUAUAUCUGGAGCGCCGUAUCCAAGCUGUGGUCCACAACGGCGACGCCCACUUUGAUUUCUCUGCUAUUCGGGGAUGGACCGCGCUCGAGGAGGCUAUUGGAGGGUUCGGCAAGGAUCACGAAUUCACCAAGCUGUGCAUCAACCACAAGGAUAUUGACCCAGAUGAUGCCUUCAGCGCGGUGCCCUACGAGAAGGGGUUCCAUUUCGUCUGGUAUCUCGACCGCCUUGUCGGGCGAGAGAACUUCGACAAGUUCAUUCCCCACUACUUUGGGAAAUGGGCCACCAAGUCGCUGGACUCGUUCGAGUUCAAGGACACGUUUCUUGACUUUUUCGGCGCCCCGGAAUACAAGAGCCUCGAGGACAAGAUCGCGUCGAUUGACUGGGAGGGUCGCUUCUUCAGCACCGGCCUCCCGCCGAAGCCCAAGUUCAACACAUCGCUUGUAGACGUGUGCUUCGAGCUAGCAGAGAAGUGGAAGCAGAAGGACUUCUCGCCCAGCACCUCUGAUAUCUCGUCCUGGAUCGGCAAUCAGGUCCUCGUAUUUCUCAAUUCUGUCCAGGAGUUUGAGGAGCCUUUGGCCGUGGAGAAAUCCCAACUGUUGGGCAAGGUUUACGGUCUUUCUAACUCCAAGAACGUCGAGCUCAAGAGCCAAUACUACCAGAUUGCAAUGCGCGCAAAGGAUUCGAGCUCUUACCAGGGCGUCGCUGACCUUUUGGGCGAGGUUGGGCGAAUGAAGUUUGUCCGGACUCUAUUCAGAAGCCUGAACAAGGUCGACCGCGAGCUGGCCCUCAAGACGUUUGCGAAGAAUCGCGACUUCUACCAUCCCAUCUGCCGCCAGAUAGUCGAGAAGGAUCUUAGUCUAGCCGAAUCAAAGUGAGGUUGAGAGGCCCGUUGCCCCUAUUUAGCCCAUGUCGGCUUUCAUACAGUGAAACUCCUGGCAAAGAUGUGCGACGAAGGGUCAUGUCGUGUGGUCUAGUCUUGUCGUAUGCAAGACAGCGCACGCAGAUGACGAGCUUCCGGGCUGUUACACUGAGCCCUAUGCCUUUUGUAUCGAUGUCCUGCAUUGUACAAGUAUUUUCAGGCUAUUAGAGGACACAUUUUACUGCUUCGACUCCCUGCGACUGUUACGCCGCACGUAAGUGCCUAUCCCUGCCAUUUGACGCCCAACGUGGUUUUGAAGACACUGCUUAGGAGGCGACCCAGCCUGGUGCAUUUGAACAGCGUUAGGCUGCUUUGGACAUGACGGACAUUAUCAAGACAAGUUGGGCCAGCGACUGAUAUAAUAGCACUAUGUAGGAUAACCUAACCUGCUGCCAAGUCUGAGAUGGG